CACCUCAAUCACUCUCAUCGCCAUCCUCUUCUCCACCAACAAUCUCCAAACUCGAUCUUGUUAUCAGCAAUUCAGGAUGAAGUUCGGCACAACCGCUGGCAUUAGUGCCAUUCUGAUGGUGGCGGCGGCGGCUCUGCAGCUGGCGGCCAUGGUUUCAGCUGCCGAUUACCCCAAAGCAGAAACCGUGUGGUGCGCCAAAACCAGCCGAUGCUCCGACGCUUACGUCAACUGCCCUGCCGAAUGCGCUUCCACCACCACCCCAAACGCCAAGGGCAAGGUCUGCCACGUCAACUGCGACCAUCCACUCUGCAAGGCCGAAUGCAAAAAGCGCAAGCCAAACUGCGACGCCCCAGGAUCAGCCUGCUACGACCCACGCUUCGUGGGCGGGGACGGCAGGGUGUUCUACUUCCACGGCAAGACCAACGAGGUCUUCACCUUGGUCUCCGACCCCAACUUCCAGAUCAACGGCCGAUUCAUCGGCCACAGGCCCGCGGGCCGACCACGCGACUUCACGUGGAUCCAAUCCCUCGGAGUCCUCUUCAACACCCACAAAUUCACCCUCGAGGCCACCAAGGCCGCGACAUGGGACAGCGAGGUGGACCACCUCAAGUUCGCCUACAACGGGCAAGACAUCUCGAUCAGCGAAGGCUCGCUCUCGUCCUGGUACUCCCAGGACGAGGACAUCAAGGUGGAGCGCGUCUCGACCAAGAACAGCGUCAUCAUCUCCAUCAAGGACAAGGCAGAGAUUCUGGUCAAUGUCGUCCCCGUGACCAAAGAAGACGACAGGGUACACAAGUACAAUGUCCCCGAACACGACUGCUUUGUCCAUCUCGAAGUCCAGUUCAGAUUCUACAAGUUGUCCCCAAGAGUUGAGGGAGUGCUGGGCAGGACUUACCAGCCGGACUUCGAGAACACGGUCGCGAGGCCCGGCGUGGCGAUGCCGGUGAUGGGAGGGGAAGACAAGUACAGGACCUCGGACCUUGUCUCUGCGGAAUGUGGUGCUUGCAUCUUCUCAGAGGAGGCAGAGGACUUGAAGAAGCAGGGGAAUGUCGUUGACUUUCCUACACUUGACUGCACCAGGGGAGCUGCUGCUGGGUAUGGGAUUGUCUGCAGGAAGUAAAAGUCUAUAUGGAAGUUCGAUUUGGGUUGAUUCGAUGAAUCAUCAGCAACUUCUGGUUUCGAAUAAGAUUGCGGCAGCAAGGGAGAGAUCUUAUAUAUCGUAUUAAAAUGAUUCCUCUUUCGUAUAUUUGAUCUUUAGUUAAUUUACUAUCUUCAUGUUUAUUACUAUCUAUCAAAAUUGUAACACUAAUGUUGUACUCUACGAUUAUCUUUGUAAUUGUUCUGCAUCAUUAUUGUAUAAUUUUAAUUAUAAGUGAAGUUCUAUAAUAAUGAGAAUUUCAUAAU